AUGGCAACCGAUAUUAGGGAUACGAAGUUAAUUAAAGAAUUAGCUGCAAAUGACAAAAAAACCCGCGACGCAGCCCUCGAAUCUCUACGUACAUAUCUCUCCUCCUCACGACCACUCACCCCACUGGACUACCUAAAAAUCCACUCUGGGCUCUUCUACUCCAUGUGGAUGUGCGACCGGCCCCUCCCACAACAAUCGCUCGCGAAUUCCCUCGCCUCACUCCUCCGUACUCUUCCCGCCUCCAAACAAGCACCCUUCUACACGGGUUUCUGGAACAUCAUGUGUAAAGAAUGGGAACGGAUAGAUGUGUUACGAAUGGAGAAAUUUUUGCUCCUAGUGCGUCGGUAUCUAGCUGCUGGGUUUGAGGUGAUCGUUUCGAGUGCUGAGGGGAGUGGGAAGAAGAAGGCAGGUGCGAAGAAGAGUGCGAAAGGGGAUGAUGGGACGGGGGGAGCAGGGGCGGAGGUUUUGAGUGUUCUUGCUGAGAUUCCGUGUGGGACGGGGUCGGAUGCGCAGCGUACGCCGAAUGGGAUGCGUUUUCAUGUGAUUGAUAUUUGGGUUGAUGAGUUGGAGAAACUUGGGCUUCUUGAUGCGGCGAAGGAGAGUGAGGAGGGUGCGGAGAGAUUAGAGAGGUUGUUGGAGCCGUUGAGGAAAUUGGGAAAGGAGAGUAUUAAUAAAGUGGUGAGGAAUAAGGUUAAGGAGGCGCUUGGGGAUGAGAGGUUACUGGGGAAUGGAAAGGAGGAGGGUGCGGAAGAGGACGCUGAGAUGAGUGAUGCGGAGGAGGAUGGAUGGGGUGGGAUUGAGGAUUGA